AUGGCAUCCAUUAUCAAAGAAUGCUGCGUUGUGCUGCUCAAACUCGCUGAUGAUGCACUCAGGAGGGGCAGAUGUCCUGAGCAGAUCCUCAAUCGAGUGUCUCCUGUUGUGGGCAAAGUCAAUUCUGAAGCCAUAGAAAUGGUUGCUGCUGCACACAAUAUCAAAGAGGAGCUUGGAGAUGAUACUGAGGAUGUAACUGUGAAGGAGGAACCAUUCCUGUAUGAUGAGGCUUGUUCAGCUGAACAACUCAGCCCCCCACCUGCACCCUUAUCUUGUGUGCCAUGUAAGACGGAAGCUCAGGUUGAGGCUCCCAAUGCACACCAAAUCGCACCACCACACACUUCUACACUGUUUAUGAAUCAGUGCAGCACUGGUGUGUCAGCACCAGAAUCAGGAGACGCUGCUGGCGACGCCGACGUCUCUGGGGCGUCCAGCUCCAAGCAGCGCACGAGGCGCGCGUCUUCCCAGCGUGGAUUGGUGCCUGCAGCUGCUGGUGGUUGCAAAGAAAACCUGCACACGCGUUGCCUUGUUAAGCCUUCAUCAAUGAAGAG